AUGACGAUGGUGGACGACGUUGACGACGGGUUGGAGGCACCAGUCUCAAUGGUUGUGUGUCGCAGUGUCGUUCCGCCUGAUGAUUCCAUAUACAGCUUUGCUGUUGAGAAUGCUUCACAAUCUUCGCUGAACUCUGUCACGACUUUGGCUUCACCUAUGACAAGCCGAUCUCAGGUUAAUUUGGCGGACUACGCCCACGUAAAUCUGUCGACUCGCCGCCUACCUCGUCCUCGCUCCCGACCUUCGUCCACUCUGCAACUUCCAACUGACCAAAUUUCUCUACAUCCAUAUUCCUACUCUGAUACUUCGCGGUCGUCUCAGAAUGUCCGCCAUUCGAUGCCUAACUUGGGCAAUUAUACACACGAGAACCCAUUCUCUCACCAACCCUCUCGUCUUCGACCCACUUCCGUGAUUGUGACACCGCCAUGUCCCAGUGUCAAUAGCGAAACAUCGACAGGCAUAGCACAACCUCUUCCUCCCGUUGUACCACACGAUGGUCCUGAUGUCGCCAUCCCCGGCGACGUCACUACAUUAAUGACUGCGUAUCCUGUAUUCUGGCCAAUAGCGCCAGAACAAGUGGAAAGAUAUGAAAGAGAGUUUGUGGAACGGAAAGACACAGAUUACUGGAUCAGUCCUUUGACAACUUCAUUUGAACCCGACCCGGUUCCUAAUGAGUGGGCUACGUAUGUACAUCCUGAGGGUGCCCGCUACUUUGUUCGCGAGAGGAAGGUGUCCCCAUGCACUGGUAACUAUCAUGACGCCAUGAUAUACUCCGGAUGUUUGCUACCGAAGAUAUUCACGGAUAUUAACCUCUACGAUUCGGACAAGUUGGAACUCAUUACGAAGUUUAUGGUCGAUAUGGAGGACUACAUUCGGGCAAAAGGCAUCAAUAUAUAUCCCAAUGUCGAUCUUGUGUUCGACCUUAGACGAGACCCAGACAACGGCGAUAUUUGUUGCGCUUAUUACUUCGCAAGCCAUGAUGAUCGGUCUAUCUUUUGGCUGGACGACUUCAAUGCCACCUAUUUUAAUAGAUGGGAUGGCGUCAAAGGUGUAACUGCUACAUCACAAGUUGGGUAUGAAGUUGAGUCGCAAUACUGGUAUCAUUGCCAACAGUUCCCUACGUGCCGGGAAAUGGACGUGUAUACAAUUAACGAACUGAGAGAUAUCUUGAUUCAUUGCAUUGGAGACUUGAUGUCUUCAGACACGGCUAACUGCCCUUACGGCGUUACCGAUCUACAACAAAUGCUUUCCCUCACGAAUAGCAUCAAGGAAACUGCCCUUUCCGGAGAUUCUCAAAGUCCAAGCUCAGUGUCCAGUAUAAGUCGUUUCAUGUACAUCUUUGUCCAACAGCGAUUUUUCAACUUCCACGGACAGCCUGCUGCCCGGCUUGAGUCUGACAAGUCUGUUUACGGUAUCAAACCGAAACGCACACCACUUGUCAUCUUGCUAUCGCCACUCUUAUUUUAUGCGCCCGAUAUUCAUCUCGCUUCCCUAAACAGGAUCUGGGGUGAUGGGCUAGUCUGUAAAACAACAUGGGCUGCCUUCAUUGACAAACUCAAUAAUGAAUGGCAUGACCUGAUCAUCAAUUCUACUGUUUUGCUCAACGCCAACGUCGCCUUUCUUGCCAUUCAGAGUGUCGAUGACUCUAGUGAUAAGCGGGACGAUCCCCGGCGCAGAUAUCAAAACCGUAACAAGGCGAGUGACUCCUCUACGGAAGCAUGGCAAUUCCUUCAUUCACAAAGGGGAACUUACACUGGUCAUGAGACACUAGCUAUUAUGUAUAGUUUACCGUAUGCUCUACUCAUUAUGAUUACAUUCUUGUCGGCGUUCAGCCUUAUGUGCUUCACGGCUUCUGACGUUGCCGUACGAAUGCUCGUGGGUAGCGCAUGGUUGGCGGUAACCGUUCUUAUCUUCUGGUGCAUCACGACAUCGUGGGAGGGCAAGCGAAGCGACUACCACUGGUACAGGCUACUUUCUUCGUUUGGAACCAAGGUUCGGGAAAGAUUACCCCGGGCGCCGUCUGUGCAUGUUGUGGAGAAAUUCAGCAGCCUCAAUUGGACGAAAACCAGGGGCUCUGUGGAUUCAGAGGAGACGGCUGUGGGUGUAUGA